AUGUCGAGACAUAAUUAUGACUUUUAUUUCUUCAGGAAUCCAUAUGAAGAAAAAUAUAGAUUAAUUCGGAUUGAAAAUCCAGCAUUUUCCACAAGGCUGCUGCCUGUCAGAGGAGCGGUUGAAUGUUUAUUUGAAAUGGGGUUUCAGGAGGGAGAAACUCACCUGGUUUUCCCUAAGGAAGCUUCGAUUGAGCAACUACGUAAAAUCAGAGACUUAAUUGCUGGAGAGAGAAGCAGCAGACUGAAUGAGUCAAACCAAAUCCCCAAAUCAGGAUCCGCUGAAACUGUCAGCAGCACUCAGACAGCUGCACAACGGCCUUCAAGACCUGUUCUUGCCCCUGCCCGUCAGCGACCAGAAACAUCACUUGUGCAAUCUCUUGAAAUGGCUGCAAAUAUCUUGAAAACGCUUCAAACAAAAUUUGAGGAUCUUGUAUUGAUGUAUGAGAAUCCUUCUAUUCAGCAGAAAGCACUAGCUGCAAUUCCCCUCCAGGAAUUAAAGAACAAGGCUCAGAAAAAGCUGUCACAAGCUACAAGACUGGACAAAGGUGCACAUGUGAAUGAAGAGGACUUCCUGUUGUUGGAGCUUUUGGAGUGGUUUAAGACUUACUUUUUUCAUUGGGUAAAUAGUCUUCCUUGCAGCAGGUGUGGUGGGCAGACAGAGCCUAGAAGUGACUACCUGUUGCCCACUGAGGAUGAUGUAAGGUGGAGUGCCAGUCGAGUGGAAAACCACUACUGCAACCAGUGUCAGUUCUCUAACAGAUUCCCAAGGUAUAACAACCCUGAAAAACUUCUGGAAACCAGACGUGGACGCUGUGGCGAGUGGGCAAACUGUUUUACACUGUGUUGCAGAGCUGUAGGGUUUGAAGCGAGAUAUGUCUGGGACUAUACAGAUCAUGUGUGGACUGAGGUAUAUUCUUCAUCUCAGAAAAGAUGGCUUCAUUGUGAUCCCUGUGAAAAUGUCUGUGAUAAGCCUCUUCUCUAUGAAACUGGAUGGGGAAAGAAGCUCUCCUACGUAAUUGCAUUCUCCAAAGAUGAGGUUGUUGAUGUCACCUGGAGAUACAGCUGUAAACACGAAGAAGUACUCUCUAGAAGGACAGCACUCAGCGAAGCAACGCUACGUGAGACAAUUAAUGCACUAAAUAGAACGAGACAAAAGUCUUUGUCAGAAAGUAGAAAAAGAGAGCUCUUGGAAAGGACUAUUGUGGAGCUUGUUGAAUUUAUUUCUCCUAAAACACCUAAACCUGGAGAAUAUGGUGGAAGGACAUCAGGCUCAAUGGCUUGGCGAAUGGCCAGAGGCGAAAUUGGUCCAGAGAAAAGAAAAGAAGUACUUUUUAUUCCCUCUGAAAAGGAGAAGACAUCUAAACUCUUCCACCUCACCUACAAUAUAGUAGAUGAUAGUUAUACACGGAUUUCCAAUAACAAUGAAAAAAUAAGUGGCUGGGAAGCAGGUGUUUGGAAGGCAGAAUCUGUUUGGAGAAAAGUUGAAACAGAUUGGAAAAUGGUUUAUUUAGCCCGAAAAGAAGGGUCAUCCUCUGCUUCCAUCAGCUGGAAGUUUGAGUGCAAGUCAGUCGGUCUAAAAAUAGAUAACAUUUCAGUUAGGACAAGCAGUCAGACUUUUCAGAGUGGAAGAAUACAGUGGAGACUUUGCUCUCCAAAAGCAGAAAUUGCUCUGAUGGGAGAUAAAAAUCUUUACUCCUAUUCAGAUUUUUCUGGUGCAACGGAAGUUAUGUUGGAAGCAGUUCUAAAUGGAGGGGAUGGUGAAGCUGCAUGGCAACACACACAGCUGUUUAGAGAGAGCUUAACAGGAUGUGGAGAAAAUUGCUUGGAGAUAAUUAUAAAGCUCAGUGACCUCUGAGAAUCUGAACUGCAGAGAUGUGCUUUGGAUUCCUUGAAGACAUUAUACUAUGGAUACGACACAAAGAUUUGGUUGGCAAUUCUUCUUCAUCCUGCUGGCAGCUUGUUUCCUGUUUCACUGCUUUCAUUAAACCAACUUGAAACUGCACAUGUAUUGAAUAGGUAAACAUCACAAUGAAAACCUCUUUAUCUGUAAAAACAAACACCAAAAUUAAGGCAUUGAACCAUAAAGUAUCUUUUCUUAAACUUUACAAUGAAAACGAAAUAAUUUUUAAGAAAGCAAAACUCAACCAUAGGAGCACAAAGCAGUUGUACUUGAUUUUAAUUUGGAGUUUUGGGAUUGGCUUGCUGGUUUUGGGGUUUUUUUAAAUAAUCUACUUGGAAAAACAGUUUGAAUUCUGUUUCCCAAUUACAACAGAUGCUUUUGAUGAUCUUAAAAUAUUUUAAAGAAUAGUAGAAAAUUUAGACAUUUUAAAGAAAAAUAUGAUUUUGUGUAAUAUCAGAAGUGCUGAAAUUAAGUUAGUUUCAAGAUUACUUCAAAAUUUCCUUGUUGCAAUCUAAGUAUUAAAACUAUGUUUAAUACUUAGAAAUAUUUUGAAGCCUGAAGGUUGCUAGAAGCUAAUUUUGAAAGAAGUGGUCACAUGUACCUAAAAUUGUCAUAGCCUGUGGUAUGAAAUUGAGACUUAAAACUAAGUAAGAAAUCACAAUUUUUUUCUAUGAAAAAAUAGGUUAUUAAUUAUAAAUACUUUUUAAUGAUACAAAUUCAGAUUUGCUUAAUAAAUCUUUUUAAAAGUAGGCAUGUAGGUUGAAAUCUUCUUAAGCUGUUGUCUUGAGUUGCUUUGAAUACUAUACCCAAAUUUGAUGUAAAAAUAUAUACAAAUUUUCUGUUCAUUAAUGCAGUGUUUAAAUUUAUUUUCAGUCAUAUAAUAAAAAAAUGAAAAAAUGCCAUCCAGGAGAUGUCAGAUGUUGCAGUGCUGUGAAUAAAGUGGAUUGAAUGUUCAAAUUAGGUAGCCUUUAUCAGAAAAUCUGAGGAAGGCUGUGGCUGGAUACAAGAAAUUUUCUAUUAUAGGACUAAAAUGCAGAGUUCAAACUGUAGUUUUAUUUCAAAAUAAGUGAGAAUUAGGGUUGAUGUUCUCAAGAUGAGUGUUUUUAAAGUUUUUCUUAUAUUUUCUGACCUUUCCAACCUCUGUAUAUUUGAAAUUAUUGUCAAAAAUAAUUUUUGUUGAAAUAAAUGCUUACUGACCUUUCAACAAAUCUAAGGAAAUACAAAA